AGGUAGAGAGACGUGUCAGCUCCAGACUUUCCCCUAACAUCAACACCAUCAUGACUCUAAGACAGUUGUUCACCUUUUUGGGUAUAUUUUCACUCCUUAGCGUCGCAGAAAGUUAUUUUGUGACUGUAGAUGCCCAUGCGGAAGAAUGUUUCUUUGAGAAGGUUACAACCGGCACGAAACUUGGAUUGGCUUUUGAGGUUGCAGAAGGUGGCUUUCUUGAUAUAGACAUCAAGAUCUACAGCCCCGAUGGGAAGAUCGUUCACGAGGGCGAACGCGAAUCCAAUGGCCGGUACACGUUCCCCGCCAGUAUGGAUGGUGUCUACACGUACUGCUUCUCUAACAAAAUGUCAACCAUGACCCCCAAGAUUGUUAUGUUUUCCAUGGAUGUUGGUGAGGGAAUCAAACCUGGCCAUGAGGCUGCAAACGGAGAGGAAGGCUGGUACGCGCAGAACCUCCCUCACACAGGGUGGGACAUGCAGAAUUUCUCCCAAACAGGUGGACCCAUGCAGAAUUCUCCUACGCCAGGUUGGGCCUUGCAGCAACCCCCGAUAUCAGGAGAGGCCGCUGGCGGCAACAAAAUGGAAGACAUGAUCCGUGAGUUGUCAGCUGCACUGUCUGGAGUCAAACACGAACAGGAUUACAUGGAGGUGCGCGAGCGCAUUCACCGCUCCAUCAACGACAACACCAAUUCUCGGGUGGUAUUGUGGUCCGUGUUUGAGGCACUAGUACUAGUAGCCAUGACAAUUGGACAAGUUUAUUACCUCAAACAGUUCUUUGAGGUUCGAAGGGUUGUUUAGAUCUGACGGGUGACACCUUCUCCCCUCUAAAAAAAAAACUAUAAAUUGUAACUUAAGAAAAAUGUUAAUUUGUAACAUUGCUCAUGUUAAGUCAUCAAUCAAUGGUUUUCCCUAGAAAUUCAUUCCAUUUGAAAUUUGCCCAACAGGUUUAAUAUUUCAUAAAUUAUUGAGGAUACAUCAUAAAAGGGACAGUUUUCUAGACAUUGGGGUUCAUACACAGAGUAUUACUAACAGGCUUCAUAUACUAUACAGUACUGCCACCAUAGGAAUAUAAAUAUGUUCUCAUUAUUUACUAAAUAUAUUUUUAUUUACGAGACUGCUACUUCAAAAUCACGAACAGUUUAAAAUCCCGGGUCAGCUUACGCUGAUUUCCUUUUACGUACUUUUUCAAAAUCGGGAACAAUGGAAAGUCAGCUUAUAGUGAUUUCCUAAGUCUGUACCUUUUGAACUAAUGAACAAUAGGUACCCUGUAAUGAUUUCUCUCACGUUUUUAACACUCAAGCCAGUUAAUACAAUGAAAUCCAGUGAUGAAUUUGUUAACACUCCUUAAUAAGUGCAGUUUUCCCUGUGUGUUUCUUUGCUUUGCGUUAAAACAUUCAAGUGGAUGAAAGUUCAAAUUUCGUUUUUUUGUUUUUUGUGUUGCUGUGUCAAGGUGAUGUUAAGAGUGAAAGUGUGUGAUAGUUAUUAGCUGUUUUUCUUCUCUGGAUGGUAAGAUAAUGUGACAGUGGGAUAACAGUAACAUGACACUGACCCAGCUGGGUAGUUACUAUGUAAUAUUUUUGUCUUUAAUUCAUUUAAUGUCUUUGAGGAUAUCAAUAACUCCACUAUCUAAAAUUAUUUAAUAUCUUGUUCUUAAACCUUUCUUUAAUGAUGUUGUGGAGAAUUAUUGUGCUUUAUAUGUUUUUAAACUGUGACAUGGAUGUAAAUUUUAUGCGUGUUCUUCAUUUGAAGCUAAUAAAGUUUAUAUGAUUCAAA